UGUUGUUAUUGUCGUUGAUGUCGUCGCGGCGCGCGCUUUGCUCUCGUGCGGUUCCCCAAUCGGAUGACAUUAUCUGAGGCCCGCGGGAUAUAUCUGCAGCGUUGUCUUUGUUGUUGUUUUUUGUCAGACAGUCUUAAAUUAAAAGCGAGCAAAGUCUUCGCACCUCGGGCACGCCCACAACGCCCAAGCAGAAGCAGAAGUCAAGCUAAACCAAAAACGUACCCACUCCAACGACAACCAACAACAACAAUCGACUCACCACCCCCAACCCAACCCAACCCAACAGCCCUUGGGGGGCCAUGCAUCUUUAAUCAGCCCUGAUGAAUUUCGUGGAUGUGCAAAUGUUUGCAGCGAAUGAAUAAAGCAUUAAAUAAGCACUUCCAGGCAUUUGUCAACGCGACGCAACGCAACGGCAAAGUGAAAAUUAAAGUGAGUCGCGCAAAAAUUGAGAUAAAUGUUUCACAAUUAAAGCAGCAUUUCAAGCGGAUUACUUUAACUACGCCAACUUUUGCAUAUUUGAAAUCAAACGCAUAAAUAAUAUUUAAUCUGUUGCUGAAAUUUAAGCAUAAAAUGGAACCCAAAUCCAGCUUAAGCUCACAGGAGGAACGUGCUCUUAAAAGUUCAGAGAAACUCAAAAUGCUGGAUAUAACGCGAGACAAGCCAGUGAAGGUGUCCGUUAAAGUGGCGGUGCCGGUGCGGGAUCAUCCCAAAUUCAAUUUUGUGGGCAAGCUGCUCGGUCCGAAGGGCAACUCAAUGAAGCGUCUCCAGGAGGACACAAUGUGCAAAAUGGCCGUGCUGGGACGCGGCUCGAUGCGCGACCGCCGGAAGGAGGAGGAGCUGCGAGCCAGUGGCGACAGCCGUUACGCCCAUCUCUUUGAGGACCUGCACGUGGAGAUUUCGACCUUUGCCGCGCCCGCCGAAGCACACGCGCGCAUUGCCUACGCCCUGGCGGAAGUGCGUCGGUUUCUGGUUCCGGACUACCAUGACGAUAUACGACAGGAGCAGAUGUGGGAAAUGCAGGCACUGACAUCGACGCCCACGCUGAGCCAUCUCGACGACUCGCAGAGCCCGACAAACACGACUCGCGGCCUAGGCGGCGGCCUCGCUGACAUGGACACGUCCAACGAUGAGAAAUCGGACAACGAAACCAGCGGCAUGGAUUGCCUUUCCCCGGACAAGCUCGACUGUGGUCAAUCCUGCAGCAGCAGCGGCGGCGACACACAGCUCCAGCACCAACACCAACAUCACCACCAUCCACAUCAGCAUCAUCAGCAGCAGCAGCAGCAGCAUCCACAGCAGCAGCAACAACAGCAGCAGCAUCAUCAUCAUCAGCCAGCGCACUUCCAUCAGCUAUUGCAAACACAUGGCGGAGCAAGUGCCGCCGCUGCGGCUGCCGCCUGUGGUGACCAUCUAGCUGGACAGACAACCACUGCAACAGCAGCUGCUCUUCACACCACAGCAAUGGCUGUGGCACUGCAGCAUCAGUUGACAGCUGCCGGCAUCGGUGGACUGCUGAAGCCAGCGCAAGGUGUGGGCGUCGGAGUGGGAGGUGGCAUGUCUGGACUGCCGACAGCACAGAGCAGCGCAUCGGCUCUGCAGCUGGGGGGCAGCGAGGGAGAUGCGAAUGCGUCGACGUUGACGCUGCUUGAUCCACCCGGAGCACUGUUGCAUCCCGCGUUGCGCAACGUGAAGGCCAUCAACAUAGGUGGCGGCCUUGGACGUAAGCGACCGUUGCUGGGCGUCCCGCGGUCCGGAAUGAAUCCCACAAAGCGCACCGUGAUGAGCUUGCUGGCGCGGGCCAAGAAUUCGCAGUCGCUGCACGCAGUCCGUCAACCCGUCGUCACCGCCACCAGUUUUGCCGAGCCCCUGCAGAUGCUGGCAUCACCUUUCAUCAUUCCGCACCAGGGCAUGGAUCAGUCGAUCAUAGCGCUGCCCAAGGAGAGUCUCGCCCAAGGCGUCUAACCCUACGACUUCUAUACGCUGCGCAGCACUGAUGGUCCAACCUGACCGACUACAAUUGCCCCGCCUCCUUCUUCUAAAGACACAGAAAUACUCGUAAGUUAAGAUUACCAAAAAAUACACACCGCAAUUUAUGGAAUAACCGAACGAACGAUCGAUCGAUCGAUAACAAAUGUCGGAAUAUCGAUACACACACACACGAGUGCUUUACAAGUUCCGAUAACAAAAUGCGAAUCUAUCGAGCGAUGCUGCUUGUCGACCGACCCGACUUGGGGACUAACGGUACACGUCUUUGAAGAAGCUCCAGAGGUAAUACCGAUACCAGAGAGCCUACUGUCUACACACGAUUUGUUUUAAGCGAAAUAUAAAUAAAUGAAGCAAGUAUUUUUAAUGCGAUGUUUUAUUUCAAAAACCAACAAAAAAUAUUUGAAAAAAAAACUUUAAAACUUAAAGAUAAAUGAUAAACAAAAGAAAACUAAAAACAAAAAUGAAAAAAAAACAAAAAAAAAAAAAAAAGAAAUGAUAAACUAAAUUAGAGUCAAAUUAAUGAAGAACUUCAAUAGAAUUACAAUGUAAACGCAAUUACUUUAAAUAAAUUACUUUAAACAUAUAUACACACACAUUUGCAAGUACCAUAUAUACAUACAUAUACAUACAAGAAAUAUACUUAUAUACACUACAUGCAUAUAUGUACUUAAAUCUAUAUACUAAAAAUGUGUUGAAGUAAAAUGAGAACCCAAAAAAAAAAAAACAAAACAAAAUACAAAUCUAAACACAAGCCACAUAAACUGAUAAUAAUUUUUGGAGUACUUUAAUGCAGAAAAUUAACGAAAGAGAGAGAAACAGAGAAAUAGAGCUCAGUACAAGAAAAGUGAAGCCAAACCAAAGAUCAUGCAAAAAAAAAAAAACAUUCGCGAAUAUUCUUCCCAGAAAGAACCUAAGAUUACUUUUGCGUAGAUUGAUGCGAUCAGAAGAAAAAGAAUAGUAUCGAAUCCUGGAUUUAAUUGAUCACUGCGAUCCCACCGCCUUCUGCUUGUUUCAUAUAUUAAAUCCAAAUGUUGUUAAUGGAAAUGUUAGUGUUAUAGGAUUAAUUAUUCGGUUUCAGUUUCAACGCUUCAAACAAGCAAGUUGCAAAACAUCGAAAACAAAUGAAUUCCACAGACCAAUUCCAAAUCUUUUCGCUGUCCCAUCCGAGAAACACAUAACAUGAGCUUGAGAAUUUUUCAACUUUGUUGUCUCAAUUAUUUUCUGAAAACAUUUGCUACAAAUUUAUUGCGAUUUCACAAUAAUUCGUAAUUGUAAUUGCUUAAUGUUAAUUAUUGAUAAUAAAUAAAUAGAAAUAAUUGAUUUCAAGAAUAUAAUUAUUAAAUGAAUUGGAAGUGAAUUUAUCUAAUUUGCACAAUACAUGAAGUGAAUUUAAUCCAAGUGUUUGGCAAUUUAUUACGUGGCAUUGAUUCAUGCAAAUGCAAAAAGCAAAACGAUCAGAUUUAAAAUACUCGAUAUACACUUAAAGGAAAUAUGAAUCUAAAUGUGCACUCAAUGCAUUCAUAGCUAAAUAUAAUCGCAAUACGAAUACAAACCAAAAAAUAAAUAAAAAGAGAGAAAAACAAAUACAAAAAAAAAAAAACAAAAAAAUACAUACAAAACAUAAAUAGUA